GUUUACAAAGUAUUGCACGGGCAUAUUUUAUCGACCCUAGCUCUAUUUUUAAGCCACUGAAACAUUUUGGCGAUGGCUAGUAAUGUCGUUGCAAUAGGAAAAAUUUGUCGUUAUUGCCUCGGCCAAAAUGCUUUAACAUUGCUGUCGAAAACAGUAGAUACAGCCUUUUCUCGCGAAGAUGUGGAGUACUGUACCGGUAUUAAGAUAACGAACAUCGAAGAUAUUACCAUUUGCCACGAGUGCUGCGUGGCAAUAAAGUAUGCUGUGGACUUCCGUCGGACAUGUUUAAACAAUGAUAUCGUUUUUAAGAAGCUCGCUAACAUAAUUAACGGGAGUGCUAAGAGCAAUAUUACUAUAACAUGUCUUGCUACAGGACCUGCCGAAAGUGCCCCCCAACCUGUUGAAUCCCCAGAUGUCGUUUGGUGUGAUGAUGACAUAAUUCCACUGGACAACUCAGAAUCAAAUGAUUCUACGUCACAGCCCGCGCCAAACGGAAAUAGUAAGACUGUCCCUCGCGACGCAUUAGAAAGGCCUACGAGCACAGAGAUUGAAGUAAUCGAGAUCGUCGAACAACUCGAAGUAGAAACAUUAGAUGGUGAUGAUUCCGAUUAUUCCAUGCCGUCUCUAUAUGGUGAAGCUAUCCAAGAAUCUAUGAACAAUCGAUCGAAAUACGAAGUUGGAAAGGAGAAAAGUACAGAAUGCUCAACCGAAAGCGGCACCGAAAAGCAAUCAACAGGAGAUGGACGUAACAAACAGAAAAAUUGGGACUCUUCGACGUACUGGUCGAAAAGAAGCUCAUUACCACCUGAUUCCGACGACUCGGAUGAUUCUAUAGUUUCUCUUUACACAGAAUGGUGGGCAAAAUUUUCCGAUGGGCAAGAUGUGGUGUACGUCGACGGUACUAGCAGUGGCAAAGAUGGAUUAUGCUCCAUUUGUGGGUUAAAGACAGCUAAUGCAGCUCACCAUGAAAAACGGAGGCACAACGCAGUGAAGAAAUUAGUGUGCCCACACUGUCCGAAGAGGUUUGCGGAAAAUUUCUAUCUGAAAGAACACAUCAAUACACGGCACGAGAGACGUAUACUGUUUACCUGUGAAGAGUGCGGUAAAGGAUUCGUCAGUCAGUCGGCCCUCUUCUACCAUACGGUUAACUCUCAUAAAAAGAAUGCCGUGCAUGAAUGUAAAACAUGCCACCGAAAACUGAAGUCCUGGGACGGGUACAAUAAGCAUCUCAAGGAGCAUUCACUGUCUGCUUUGAAGUGCGAAGAUUGUGGCAAACUGUUCAAAACUAUGGUGACGCUCGAGAAGCAUAAACUCCGGUAUCAUGCUGAGUAAUUAUACUAAUGAAAAGAUGCAAAAAAUAAGUUUCUUGCUCAUGCCGAUUAACAAAGCCAAACAAAAAAUAUUCGAAAAUAUUGAUACGUAACAGAAAGUUCAAACCACGAAAUGAAACAUCCACCUCUACA